AUGACACCGCAUGAAGAAGAGCUGGAGCUCCCGCCAGCGCCCCGAUCGCUGUGGGAUUUUGCGAGCAUCUUGUCACCUGUAGUCAAGUACUAUGUAGCGUUGCUGGCUCUUUUCUUUGUAGCACGCUGGUUUAAUCGUCAGUUGGAUAACGAGGCGGAUGCACAGGAGCGACAAGGACAGAGACCCGUUUUAUCCCCAGGAUUGACCGUUGAAAGCUCGGAAGAGGAGGAAACUGAAGCGAUUGAGGAACUUGUGACGGAUGGAAAUCGACUUGUACGAAUGGAUGGUCAAAAGGGUCAUAAGGUCCAUAAGAAAAAGAUGAAAAAUACCGCCAAGGAACUCUUUGAUGGGCUCCGGAAGGUAGAGCAAGAGCUACGGGACAAGAAAGCCAAGGAGGACGCUGAAGAUAAUGUGAGCUGGAAUGAACUUCAUUCGAAUAUGCUACGCCGUUACAAGGAAAAAUAUCCAAAUCAUGGACCGCGUGUGGCUAAUGACGAGACGGACAAGUACGAUGAAGAGUUUAAUGAGUUACUGCGAAAGAAUAACAUUGAUCCAAAUGAGCUGAAGAGUCGUAACAUGAAGAAGACCGCGUAA